GCACUUGACUUAUGACAUUAGAGCGCAGACACAAAUCUUUAUGAGCCGCGCUCUCCUGCCAGGACGUAAGUAAGAAAAACUACAGUUUCCACUUAGCGGCGGUCCAAGUCCAGCCACACACUCUCACACAUCCUGCGAGGAUACACUGUGAAUGGCAGUUGCGAGUGGACAGUCACAAAAACGGCAAACACUUUGCACUGAGAAAAUGCGAAAGAAAGCCAUACAUCCGUAUUUACAGAUGUAGUUGCUUAUAUGUCUUAAAUUUAUAAUUACAAAUAUUAAGAAAAUAACCCUUUGACUUGGGUGACUUAUAGAGAGAUUACUGCAAAAAACCCUUUACUUUUUAACAGUGCACACUUCAGGCCAGUGAAGCAGCCAGACUGACGCAUUGUUGUGGUCAUAAGUCAGAGUGUGGACAAAAAACCUGUGCACUGAGUUGAAAAUCUUAAAGAUAAAUAAAGACCAGAGGACUUUUCAGAGUGGAAGCCUGAACUUUGACCCCAAAACCGGCAACCGCAAAAGGCGGCACACAAACCAAAGACGACGAGAGAAAGUCGGCGAAAAGAUGAGCAGAACAGAACGAUUAUGACGCUGCCGGCGCCCAGCGAAGCGCGACUGAUGAAGCCCACUUAGAGGUGUCCCUGCUCCUUGUUCCUCCUCCGCCCCGCCAGCUUCCCUUUGGCUUUUCCUGCUCAUUUUCCAUUUGCCUGCUCCUCUUCGCAUGGACAGUGGUCAGCAGUCCUUGGCAACAUUUGCCGUUGACAGAGUGCUGGAACACGAAGAUGGAAAGCGGAGAGUGAAAAAAGGAAAAAUAUGAUUGAUGUAUUCGACUACGGGAAUACCUGGUACUAUCUUUCUACUAUUGAUGGUGAACAUGAGACACUUCCUUGGAACGUUUAUCCAUAUAACUUUCCACUUGCACACUUUUAGCUUUCCCUCAGAAACCUUAAAGCCUUGAGAGAUCCCAAUAUACCCUCUUAGUUAUCGGAUACCACGUAUAAAAAUCAAGGAGCAGCAGCUGUGUGAGUCAGUGGCCGUGGAGACGUGUGUUGGGCUACUUGGGGUCGUCUGGACAAACAUUACCCAUCGUCGGACACCACCGGACAUGACCAAAUGAAAAUGUGUAAGGCUGCCCCUGGCGAAGUCGUCGUCGUCGCCUCCGCCGCACAAUUAUUACUUCAACUUUUCAUUUGGGUCUCUCCACUCUGCGGGUUUUUCUGGAGUCUGGAGGUGCUGCAGGAAACCAGGAUGGCCGGAUGGAAGGAUACUCCUGGCCACGGCUUGUAAUUUCGCUUCCUGCGUCUCAUUUUUCAUAUUUCAGCGCUUUGAGUGCCAUUUGGCAAACUGCAAAACUGGAAACGGCAAAGCAAAAGGCGACUGGCCAACAAGGGAGAAGGAUUGGAAUGGGUGAGUGUGGGACAUGUUCUUGUGCCAACAGACAAACCUCAAAGUGGAAUCAGGAAGGGCGCUGCCAUCCAAAGACUGGGAGCACCAUAACCAGGGUCACUUCUCUGUAG